AUGGACGAUGCGACGACGCUCAUCGGGGACCUGCAGCAGAAGCUUGCCCAGCUCGAUCACAAAGUCGCCGCCUAUCGCCUAGACAUGGCUGCCGAAUUCACGAGGUACUCGCGCGACCUGCUAGAAAACAUUCCUGAAGAACUCUCCACCCAAGUCCGCCACGGUCUCGCUGCUUCAUUGUCGCAGUAUCCCGCCUUGGGUUCCGAGCUGGAACUUGCCGAUCUCGUUUCGUUGCCUUCCGUCGGUCCUAUUGCCGUUGACGCCACCACUGCCGACCUAGACCCAAAAUCCAACAUAGCUGCCCAAACGACAGAGCUUUCACCUCCACUACCCGAUCAUACAGAGGACGAUAGCACGAUCGGGAAUAAGCCUGCCUCACCAAAUCACCUCUUGGCGAGCCCGUCUGACGAGCGCGACGUCCACCUCCAGGGUGUCUUCACACCGAACUUCCUCCCCCUGCUCAGCAAAAACACGGAGGCGUCCCCCAAGCCAUCGAUGCCGUCCACAUCUCUCACGACAGCCUCAGCCACUUCCGACGAAGCCGCGACCAUGGGGCCUACGAGUAGGAAGGAUAGCAAGCUCGAGACACAACGACCGCUCGAUUCGCAAACUUCGUUGAUGCCAACUCGACCUCACCAUGAACGGAAAGGAACGAAUGACACCACGUCUUCGGGCGCGUCCGAGUCUGGCGAGCACAAGGUGCGCCGCAGCGCACUGAGACGAUCUUCGACCGGCGGUUCCAAACCUCCUCCGAGUCCUCGAAGAGUGCGCUUUGAGUUUGAGGGAGGCGAGGUCUUGCCGACAUCUUCACCCCGCACAUCCGAAGUAUCUCUGGUUCUGUCGCACUCGCUGCACUCCUCCAACGUGCCCCCACCUGAGCCUGAAUCGUCUCCGGAGGAUGACUCAAUGAGUGCCGAAGCCAUACUGGGCCCCGACGAAGAUAACGAACCGCCCCCGAAAAAAGUCUCAUCGUCACAGGCAUUGCGUGCGCUGUCCCGGACUCCUCUGGACGCCAACACAAUCUGGACAGUCAUUAACGCUGACUCGCCAGAACCAUCUUCUGAAAAGAGCUCACCCCGCAACUUGGCCUCGCCUUCAUCCAGCCGCAGUUCGCUUGCCAACUCGCCGUCAAGAAAAGCAAGCAUACCGGACCCCUCAAAGGAUACUGCCGAGCUCACUGUUCCGCGUACGAAGAAAUUCCUCAAGUCUCCGCCGCCAGAAAGGGAAGAGAGAGCCAGCGACGACUCCGACUCAUCGGACGAUGAUUUCCUUGCCAUGGCGAAACCCAAAUCUUUCGCCAAUAAGAAGGCGAUUCGCUCACCACCGUCCAGGUCUCCGACCCGUACCACGACAUCGCCGCCCAUCUCUCCCAAGCCACAGCCGGUAACAUCAACGCUGAAUGCCACAGUUUCUCGACAGCAGGAAAAGCCACUCAAUCCGCAGGUGGAGAAUGAGGAGGAAGGCAUUUUUGAUUUCGAGGGACUCUCGUCCUCUAAGGCGUCAGUCAGGCCGGCAUCGCCACCAGAAGACGAAGAGGAAGAGGAGGAGGUCGAAGAGGAGGAUGAAGGAAGUGGAACUCCGAAAAAUCGGCCUGCGGUCAUUUACUCAACAUCACCUGCGGUCAGAAUCCCCCCACCAAGAGCGGAGCGAGCGGAGCCGCAAGUGCCGGCGCACCUAUUGUCAGGCUCAGUAGGAUCCUACCGGGGUCGGCCGGUCUCGAUGCCGGUCGUCAAGGAUCCUCAGGUCUAUGCUCAAGCUGCUUCUCUUCGAGACGUCAACAGCUUCAUUGGCGGACUUGACGGUGAUACCGGCACAGACGAAGGUGACCUGGCGAGCUACCGGGCGAGCGUCGGCCAGGCACUUUUUUCAGGCACGCCACGGAGUUUGACGGAGCGAAUGAUGAUGGAGGACGCCCAGGCGGCGCGCCGGGCGGCACAACGACAGCCAUAA